AUGAACAACAAGCUGGUUGAGAUACACUCUAAACUAGAGUCAUUGACUUCAAGAGUCCAAAUCAUUGAGUCUUCAAGUGCAUCAUCCUCUUCACCACAAGAGUAUGCCCAAGCAGUUACACUAAGAAGUGGGAGGCAAUUCCCUAGUAGAGGUAGCCCACCCCAAAUCGCUGUGGACAUCGAUGACGAGGAAGGGGAGGAUUUAGUCGACUAUGCUGAUAACUCGACCCGAACUCGAUCGAGCUGGAACAAAACCCUGAACCAGAACUCGAUCGAGCUGGAGAGAACUGAGACACUGCAAGACAAACCAGAGCUCGAUCGAGCCAGAAGAACAGACAAAGCAAACUCCAGCCAACCAGCUAAACCUGUUGCAAAGAAGAAAGACACUCCAGCAGGACCACCACCAUACAAGCCCCCUCUGCCCUUUCCAGGAAGGUUCAAGAAACAACUGUUGGAAGCACACAAGGCCAAGUUUGAUGAACUAAUGAGACAGCUUGAGCUGAAGUUGCCCUUCAUCGACGCCUUGAUGCUCAUUCCACCUUAUCAGAAAUUUCUGAAGGAUGCUGUUCAGCAAAGAACCAGGGAAGCACAAGGGAUGGUAGUGUUGACUCGCGAGUGCAGUGCAAUCAUUCAGCGGAAGGUCAUCUCCGACAAAAAGGAAGAUCCGGGGAGUUUCACUUUGCCCUGCAUGUUGGGACCCCUAUCUUUCAAAAACAGCCUCUGCGAUCUAGGAUCAUCUGUCAGCCUCAUGCCUUUGUCUGUAGCAAAGAGACUGGGAUAUCACAAGUACCAAGCCUGCGGAAUCUCACUAGUCUUGGCAGAUAGAUCGAUAAGGUUACCAACUGGGAUGCUUGAAGACCUGCCUUUGAGGAUAGGGAAUGUGGAAAUCCCCACAGACUUCAUUGUGCUUGAGAUGGAUGAGGAACCAACAGAUCCAUUGAUUCUAGGAAGGCCAUUCCUAGCUACAGCAAGAGCAAUGAUAGAUAGGAUCCCUACAAGUUGCUUUGACCAAGGAUUCUUCAGAGGAUAUGUGAGCUCAGAAACUGAUGAGUACAAGAAGCUCCUUGACACCUUCAGACCAGUUCCAAACAUUCUGAGCAUUGAGGGAUUGGACAGGCCAGUUUGCGAAGUCAUGGCAGUGAGCUCGAUCAAGAACUCGAUCGAGUCGAGCCUCGAACAAACGAACUCGAUCGAGCUGGGGACUGAAUGCAAGGAGCAAGCUCAAGGAGAUUGGUCUGAGCUUAAGGCGCCUAAAGUCGACCUCAAACCUUUGCCUGAGGGCCUCAGGUAUGCAUUUCUGGGUGAAAACUCAACUUACCCUGUCAUUGUGAACUCUGAUUUGGAACCUGAACAGUUGAGUGCUUUGCUUGUUGAAUUGAGAAAGUACAGAAAGGCAAUAGGUUACACUCUAGAUGAUAUCAAGGGGAUCUCCCCUGACCUAUGCAUCCAUAGGAUUCAUCUAGAGGAUGAAAGUAAGUCAAGCAUUGAACCUCAGAGAAGAUUGAACCCCAAUCUAAAGGAAGUAGUGAAGAAAGAGAUACUCAAGUUGCUUGAUGCUGGGAUAAUCUAUCCCAUCAGUGAUAGCACUUGGAUAUCUCCAGUUCAUUGCGUCCCAAAGAAAGGGGGGAUCACUGUCAUUAAAAACGACAAAGAGGAGCUGAUUCCCACUAGAACAAUAGUGGGGCAUCGCAUGUAUGUUAGAAAGAUUGGCAAACCACCCUUUUAUUGUUUUCUUGAUGGCUACAGUGGUUUCUUCCAAAUCCCGAUCCACCCUAAUGAUCAGGAGAAGACCACUUUCACAUGCCCUUAUGGCACCUUUGCUUAUCGAAGGAUGCCAUUUGGGCUGUGCAAUGCUCCAGCUACUUUCCAGAGGUGCAUGACCUCCAUUUUUUCAGAUCUGAUAGAGGAGAUGGUAGAAGUCUUCAUGGACGAUUUCUCAGUCUAUGGAGCAUCCUUCUCCUCAUGUUUGUCUAACUUGUGCAGGGUGUUGCAGAGGUGUGAGGAGACCAAUCUAGUACUCAACUGGGAGAAGUGCCACUUCAUGGUUCGAGAAGGGAUUGUGCUUGGACACAAGAUUUCCGAGAAAGGGAUCGAGCUCGAUCGAGCUAAGGUGGAUGUCAUGUUGCAGCUCCCUGUUCCCAAGACUGUGAAGGACAUAAGGAGUUUUCUGGGUCAUGCAGGGUUCUACAGAAGAUUCAUCAAGGAUUUCUCAAAGAUAGCAAGACCCUUGACAAGGCUUCUGUGCAAGGAGACAGAUUUUGAGUUUGAUGAAGAAUGCCACAAGUCUUGGACCUUGCUGAAGGAUGCUCUGGUAUCUGCGCCAAUAGUACAAGCUCCAAACUGGGAUCACCCAUUUGAGAUUAUGUGUGAUGCAUCUGACUAUGCAGUAGGAGCAGUGCUUGGCCAAAAGAUAGACAAGAAACUCAAUGUCAUCUACUAUGCAAGCAAGACUAUGGAUGAUGCUCAGUGCAAGUAUGCAACCACAGAGAAGGAGCUCCUUGCCAUAGUCUUUGCCUUUGAGAAAUUUCGAAGCUAUAUAGUUGGAUCCAAGGUGAUUGUGCACACUGACCAUGCUGCCCUUAGGCACAUCUUUGCUAAGAAAGAUACAAAGCCAAGACUUCUCAGAUGGAUCCUUUUGCUUCAAGAGUUUGACAUAGAAGUUGUGGACAAAAAGGGAGUAGAAAAUGGAGUUGCUGAUCAUCUCUCUAGGAUGCGAGUUGAAGACAUGAUCCCCAUCAAUGAUUCUAUGCCUGAAGAACAGCUUAUGGCAAUCAUGAUCUUGAAAGGAGAGUUUUGA